GAGUCGGGGGGUGUCAGUCUGUAAGCCCCGCCCGUUCCGCUCCCUGGAGCUGCCCCAAGCGCCGUCGGUGGUCAUGGCUUCCCCGGCCUCCCGGAAGGUCCGGCGCAGAGCUCGGGCAGCGCCGCGGGCCCGCUCGGCCGAGGACUGGUGGUGGGACCGGCUGGCGCCGAGCGGCUCGGGGUACCACCUGCUUCCGUCCGACAGCAUGCUGCUGGUGCUGUCCGAACCCGGACCCGCCCGGACCCGCGCACAGCGACGCGCUGCCCGCCGCACUCCCCGCGCUGCCCGCCGCACUCCCCGGCAGCCGCCCCCGGGCCGCGCCGCGGCCAAGCCCAAGGCCACGCUCAGGCCCGACCCGGCGCCCUCGCCCGAGGAAGGGCCCGACGCGGGCUGGGGAGACCGCAUUCCCUUGGAAAUCCUGGUGCAGAUUUUCGGGUUGUUGGUGGCGGCGGACGGGCCCAUGCCCUUCCUCGGCAGGGCUGCGCGCGUGUGCCGCCGCUGGCAGGAGGCCGCUUCCCAACCCGCGCUCUGGCACACCGUGACCCUGUCGUCCCCGCUGGCCGGCCGGCCUGCCAAGGGCGGGGUCAAGGCGGAGAAGAAGCUUCUUGCUUCCCUGGAGUGGCUUAUGCCUAAUCGGUUUUCACAGCUCCAGAGGCUGACCCUCAUCCACUGGAAGUCUCAGGUACACCCCGUGCUGAAGCUGGUAGGCGAGUCCUGUCCUCGGCUCACUUUCCUAAAGCUCUCCGGCUGCCACGGUGUGACUGCUGAUGCUCUGGUCAUGCUAGCCAAAGCCUGCUGCCAGCUCCAUAGCCUGGACCUACAGCACUCCAUGGUGGAGUCCACAGCUGUGGUAAGCUUCUUGGAGGAGGCAGGGUCCCGAAUGCGCAAGUUGUGGCUGACUUACAGCUCCCAGACGACAGCCAUCCUGGGUGCACUGCUGGGCAGCUGCUGCCCCCAGCUCCAGGUUCUGGAGGUGAGCAGCGGCAUCAACCGUAACAGCAUUCCCCUUCAGCUGCCUGUUGAGGCUCUGCAGAAAGGCUGCCCCCAGCUCCAGGUGCUGCGGCUGCUGAACCUGAUGUGGCUGCCCAAGCCUCUGGGACGAGGGGUGGCUCCCGGACCAGGCUUCCCUAGCCUGGAGGAACUCUGCCUGGCGAGCUCAGCCUGCAACUUUGUAAGCAACGAGGUCCUGGGCCGCCUACUCCACGGCUCUCCCAACUUGCGCUUACUAGAUCUUCGUGGCUGUGCGCGCAUCACGCCGGCUGGCCUUCAGGAUCUGCCGUGUCGGGAGCUGGAGCAGCUUCAUCUGGGCCUGUAUGGCACGUCAGACCGGCUGACUCUAGCCAAGGAGGGCAGCCCCCUGUUGACUCAGAAGUGGUGCCAUACACUGCGAGAACUGGACUUGAGUGGCCAGGGUUUCAGUGAGAAGGACCUGGAACAGGCCCUGGCUGCCUUCUUAAGCACCCCUGGGGGCUCACACCCAGCCCUGUGCUCUCUUAACCUCAGGGGCACCCGGGUCACACCCAGCACGGUCAGCUCUGUGAUCAGCAGCUGCCCAGGCCUGCUCUACCUCAACCUGGAGUCCUGCCGCUGCCUUCCCCGGGGUCUGAAGCGGGCCUACCGGGGCCUGGAGGAAGUCCAGUGGUGUCUGGAGCAGCUGCUCACCAGCCCCUUGCCCAGCUAGGCAGCCACAGACCUGGGACACCUCAGCCCGCCUGCCCACCCCCUACCUUUGCCCAAUUUCAGAUAUUUGAGCAUUUUUUUUUAAAUAAAACGUUUUUGGGAGCUCUGUGUGUGGUCCUCAAGGUAGGGUUGGGCAACGGGUUAUACCUGAUGGAGCCACUGGGGCUACAGCCAACCCAGAGCCUGUGUGUUGUGGGGUCAGGAUGGCCCCAUGGGCUCUUAAGCCUGCAGGUGGCCAUGCCUUUGCCUGCCCACUGCUGGCACCAGUGUGUGUGUUCCACCCUCAGGAACACUGGUGAGCUUGUCUGUGGUUGCAUGUAGGGGGAGAGGUGGGGCCCCGCCUGCAAAUUUCUCUCCAGCUCAGUCCUAGGGUGUCCAUCCAUCCACCUUUCAGAUGAGGACUGUGAACAGGCCAUACAGGGGGCCUCCAGGGGAUGGACUGGCCAAGAAGUUAAUGCCCACCGCAGGACCUCACCCCGGACUCCCUAGGAGGUGGUUAACAGAGCGGCCCCUUCUAGAACCCGCCCAGAACUUCUAGAACCCGUGCGCGGUCCACCCUGGGCCGCUCCCUGGCCUCGCUGCCCUGCCAGUCGCCUAUGAGCUCCUGCUCCUUCCUGGGCCUGCAGCCCUGAAGAAUUUGUUCACCCAGGUAGGAGCGUCGCUGUGGGCAGCAGGCGGUGGCAGCGGGCUAGCGGCCGGGCUGACCACCUCUGCCUGACGCAGAUGCCUAAGGCCAGGCCCGGCAGCCUGCCCACGACCUCCAUCGGCUGGCGCUUCCAGCUCUGGUCCCUAGGACUCUCCUCUCCGGAGCGCCACCUGGCCAGGCGCCUCAAAAACAAUAGCUUCUACCCAUUCAUGCAGCAGCAGCCAAACGUCUUCGUGCUCGAGUACUACCUGGACACGCUGUGGAAGGGGAUGCUGCUCUUUGUCGUCUGCGUGGUCCUGGUCAGCUUGGGCUCCCUGAGAGAGGUGUACAGAAACAGGAGACCUGGGUCUUCCUCGCGUACGGCGUGGGCGUGGGCCUGUGGCUCGUGAUCUCGUCGCUCCCGCGACGCCGCCUGGUGCUGAACCACACGCGCGGCGUGUACCACUUCUCCAUCCAGGGCCGCACCGUGUGCCAGGGUCCCUUGCACCUGGUCUACGUGCGCCUGGCCCUCAACUCCGACGCCUACGGAAGGUGCUUCUUCCAGCUGGUCCUCGGCGGCCACAGGUUGGAGCCGCUGGUGCUGGUGCAGCUGUCGGAGCGCUACGAGCAAAUGGAAUACUUGGGCCGUUACAUCGCCCGGAAACUCAACAUCAACUACUUCGACUACCUGGCCACCUCCUACCGGCACGUGGUUCGCCACUGGCCACCCCCUAGCGCCGCACCGUGAUGCGUAAGAACCCCGUGGGUCACAAGCCCAGCUCCUCUCAGUCCAGCCUGGAGGUGUGACACCUGGAGGUGUGAUUCUGAGGGCCUCCUCCACCCCAGGACUGCGUUCUCGGUAACCUCCCAGCCCCACUCUGGGGCAGAUCAAAUUGUGAGACCCAUUCACUGUCCUUUCUUUCAAUAAAGCUGCCUCAGCUUC